UCCUACAGUUGACAUACUCCUACUUUGUUUCCACCAUGUCUGAGACCGCGCCACCCGCUCCUGCUCCGCUGGUCUCCACUGCCCCGGAGAAACCUGCGGCUGGCAAGAAGGCGAGAAAGCCGGCGAAGGCCGCAGCGGCCGCCAAGAAGAAGCCCGCGGGGCCCUCCGUUUCCGAGCUGCUGGUCCAGGCUGUCUCCUCUUCCAAAGAGCGCAGCGGCGUGUCGCUGGCCGCGCUCAAGAAGGCGCUGGCGGCCGCGGGCUACGACGUGGAGAAGAACAACAGCCGCAUCAAGCUGGGCCUCAAGAGCCUGGUGAGCAAAGGCACCUUGGUGCAGACCAAGGGCACCGGCGCCUCGGGCUCCUUCAAGCUCAACAAGAAGGCGGCCUCCGGCGAGUCCAAGCCCAGCGCUGCCAAGGGGGUGGCGAAACCCAAGGCAGCAGGCAGCGCUUCUAAGAAACCCAAGAAGACUACUGGUGCUGCUGUUAAAAAAGUUGUCAAAACUCCAAAGAAGGUCAAAAAGCCACCAGUGACCAAGAAAGCCUCCAAGAGUCCCAAGAAGCCCAAGGCCGUGAAGCCCAAGAAAGUAGCCAAAAGCCCAGCCAAAGCCAAGACUGUGAAACCCAAAGCGCCCAAAGCUAAGGUGACCAAGCCAAAGGCUGCUGCCAAGCCCAAGAAGGCUGCACCCAAGAAAAAGUAGGAGUUCCGGUUGGAAUCUUGUUCCCAGAACCCAACGGCUCUUUUAAGAGCCACCAACAUGUCUCUGCAAAAAGAGCUAUUAAGUACAAAUGCGUCUGGCUCACUGACAUUUCUCAGCCCCCUCGAAAAUGCCCAGUCUUCUCUGCAUCAGAGCCACAGAGAAUCAAAAUUCUCACUGAGAACCCCAAGUUUGGUUUUGAAGCCCCCAGGUGACAUGAAGUCCCACACUCCAAACUAGUCACUGGUGGGAACUACCUUCAGGGCAAGCUGUGAGUGCUGCCCUC